UUUCAUAUAAACCCCAAACUCAAACCCUUCAACACAUACUACUACUACUCACUGAUCUUCUUCCAAAAAAAUGGAAAAUUUUGUCCCAUGAAAUCCACAUCUCCGACCCAAUUCUUUCUUAUUUUCAACCGAUCACCAUCCAUUUUUCACCAUUAGAACAAAAAAAUGGGAGGAAUGAAUGGAAUUGCACCAAAAUCAACACCAUCUGGAUCCACACAGACCGCAACAAAUCUGAACAAUCCAAAAUCAGAUCUGUUCAGCACAUUCUCUCUCAAGUCAUUCAAGCUCAAAACCAAGCAACAAGAGCUUUUGAUCCGUGUCUCAAUCCUCUGCCUUGUCUAUGUUCUGGCCUUCAUUACUCGUUUAUUUAGUGUCCUUCGUUAUGAGUCCAUGAUUCAUGAAUUCGAUCCUUACUUCAAUUAUCGUACCACCCUUUUCUUGACAGAGAAAGGGUUUUAUGAAUUCUGGAAUUGGUUUGAUUCUGAGAGUUGGUACCCACUUGGCCGUAUCAUUGGUGGCACUCUUUACCCUGGUCUUAUGGUUACUGCUGCUCUUAUUUAUUGGACCCUCAAAUUUCUCCGAUUCGCAGUCCAUAUUCGGGAAGUUUGUGUGUUGACAGCGCCUUUUUUUGCAUCGAAUACGACCAUUGUUGCUUAUUUCUUUGGUAAAGAAAUUUGGGAUACUGGUGCGGGUCUUGUUGCUGCUGCUUUGAUUGCUAUAUGCCCCGGCUAUAUUUCGCGAUCUGUUGCGGGUUCUUAUGAUAAUGAAGGGGUUGCCAUUUUCGCGCUUUUGUUGACUUUUUAUUUGUUUGUUAAGGCUGUUAAUACGGGCUCUCUUGCGUGGUCUUUAGCGUCGGCUUUUGGGUAUUUUUAUAUGGUUUCUGCGUGGGGAGGUUAUGUUUUUAUUAUCAAUUUGAUACCUUUGUAUGUGUUAGUGCUGUUGAUUACUGGGAGAUACUCGUUGAGGUUGUAUGUUGCUUAUAAUUGUAUGUAUGUGUUGGGAAUGCUGCUCGCUAUGCAGAUUCGGUUUGUGGGUUUUCAGCAUGUGCAGUCUGGUGAGCAUAUGGCUGCAAUGGGGGUGUUCUUCUUGAUGCAGGUAUUUUAUUUCUUAGAUUGGGUCAAGUACAUGCUAAAUGAUGCAAAAUUAUUUCAAGCCUUUUUGAGGAUCACUGUGACCUGCACAGUUGGUGUUGGUGCUAUUGCUCUUGGAGUUGGCACAGCUUCUGGCUAUAUUUCUCCAUGGACAGGCCGGUUUUAUUCUCUGUUGGACCCCACAUAUGCUAAGGAUCACAUCCCCAUCAUUGCAUCUGUGUCUGAGCAUCAGCCAACUGCUUGGUCAUCUUUCAUGUUUGAUUUUCAUAUCCUGCUUUUCCUUUUCCCUGCGGGACUUUAUUUCUGCUUCAAACGGCUAUCAGAUGCUACAAUAUUUAUAGUUAUGUAUGGUCUUACCAGCAUGUAUUUUGCUGGUGUUAUGGUUCGGCUCAUUCUCGUGGCUACACCUGCUAUGUGCCUCAUUAGUGCUAUUGCUGUUUCUGCCACUAUUAAGAAUUUGACGUUGUUGCUAAGGGCUAAGAACAAAGUUAUCCAAACUGGUUCUACCAAAGGUACUAGCAGUGCAAAGGCUUCUUCAAAGGGUGCACUUGAUCAAUCUCAGCCUUUUCAAAGAGAUGGUGCUAUUGCGUUGCUUCUUGGGGCAUUUUACUUGCUCAGUAAGUAUGCUACGCAUUGUACCUGGGUGACAUCAGAAGCAUACUCUUCUCCCUCAAUUGUCUUGGCUGCAAGGGGUGCCCAUGGAAACAGGGUCAUCUUUGAUGAUUAUCGUGAAGCAUACUAUUGGCUACGUCAAAAUACUCCUCCAGAUGCUAAGGUGAUGUCAUGGUGGGAUUACGGGUAUCAAAUUACUGCCAUGGGAAACAGAACUGUCAUUGUUGACAAUAAUACCUGGAACAAUACCCACAUUGCUACAGUUGGACGUGCAAUGUCCUCUUACGAAGAUGAAGCAUACGGCAUAAUGAGAUCGCUUGAUGUGGAUUAUGUGUUAGUUGUUUUUGGCGGUGUUACUGGUUACUCUUCUGAUGAUAUCAAUAAGUUUUUGUGGAUGGUAAGAAUUGGUGGUGGAGUGUUCCCUGUUAUCAAGGAACCUGAUUACCUUGUCAAUGGUGAGUAUCGUGUCGACAAAGGUGCAGCUCCGAAGAUGUUGAAUUGCCUUAUGUACAAGCUAUCUUACUAUCGCUUUGGAGAGCUGGUAACAGAGUAUGGCAGGCCUCCGGGGUAUGAUCGUGCAAGGGGUGUGGAAAUUGGAAAUAAGGAUAUCAAACUUGAAUACUUGGAAGAAGCAUUCACAACGUCGAAUUGGAUUGUCCGUAUUUACAAGGUCAAGCCACCUAAUAACCGCUGGUAGAUGUAACUCCGUUCUUCUGAUAAGAGGAGCUUCAAUCUCAGAGUUUAGAGACUUUGCCUUAGAAAUGAUACUAGUUUUGCUUAGAGAUUAAGCUUCUAACAUUGCAAGCUCUUAAAUUUUCCAGGCCCAUCCUUUUUUUUUGUAAUGCUCCUUAACCUCACUAGUUGAAAGUAAUGUUCACACUUUUUGUUUUGUAGACAUUUUAGAUCCUUCACUGCUUAGUACUCUGUGUAAUGUAUCGGCUUCAACGCAAUUUAUUGAUAAAGAUUCCGUAAUAAGACCAUCCACAAUGCAAUAUUAAA